AUGACGCUUUUUACGCUUAAGAGUACGAGUACUACGAGCGCGACGCGAACGCGCGUUCUCGCGAACGACGAGAGAACGAGAAAAAGACGGAAAUAUCGUUCGCAGUUUUAUGCGUUUUCGUCAAAGACGAAGCGUUCUUUCGAGUCGGAAAAGGGGGAUUUUUCCGCGACGAUUCCAUCGGCAUCGCGUCACGGCGUAACGGCUUUCAUCACGAACGGUCGGGGGGAGUUGAUGCGAACAUCCGCGCAUCCAACGCUCGCUUCAUUCUCGAUCCAACCGAUAGACUCGUUUGGAAUUUGGGCCGUAUUAUUAGCGUCCUCGCACUUCGGCACGUGGGCGGAAACGAAACCGUGGGGGGCGUCCCUAGGCGGCGCGUGUUUGAUUAGUGCCUUGACGACCUUGAUUUUAGCAAAUAUAGGCGUCAUACCGCACGUAUCGCCGACGUAUGAUCAAAUCAACCACAUCAUUUUACCACUCGCGGUACCGCUGCUUUUAUUCAGCGCGAAUUUAAACGUGGUGUUUAAAUCCACCGGAAGGUUGGUGCCUUUGUUUUGUUUCGGAUCGAUCGGGACGUUGCUCGGCGGCGUCGUCGGAUAUAUGCUCGUGCCUCUUUUGUCCUUGGGCGACGAGGCGUGGAAAGUGUGCGCGGCGUUGACGAGCAGGCACAUCGGCGGGGCGGUGAAUUACGUGGCCGUGGCGAACGUGUUGAACGUGAGCCCGAAAGUUUUAGGCGCUGGGUUAGCCGCGGAUAAUUUGUGCAACGUUUUGUAUUUCGCGUUGCUGUUUUACUUGGCCAGGGACGCGGAGUACGUUAAAGACGGCGAAGAAGAGAAGAGUACGAGUAUAAGUAGUAGUGGUAGUGGUAGUGAAAAUAGUGGUAGUGCGAGUAGUACGAAUAGUAAUUCGUCGUCGUCGGCGGCUUCAGAAAAAGAGAUUGACGAGAUUGCAAAGGAGGACUCUUCCGGUAAAGGUUUCAGCACCUACAACGCCUCCGCGGCGCUCGCGUAUUCCGCGGCGUCCUGUUACCUCUCCAAAUCGUUAUCGACGCUCAUCAACGGCUCGACGUCGCUCACCAUCCCGAUCGCGACCAUCUUUUCUGUUUUAAUCGCCACGACGUUUCCGAAACAGUGCAAAGAAGUCGCGCAAUCCGGUGAAGCUUUAGCCGCGUUAGCCAUGAACGCGUUCUUCGCCACGGUUGGCGCUUCCGGGUCGAUUGCCGACAUGUUGUCCACGGCGCCGUCCUUGUUUUUCUUCUCCAUGUGUCAAGUCUUGACGCAUUUAACGUUCCUUUUAUUCGCGGCGAAACUCUUCAACUUUCGUCGCUCGGAGGCGUUAAUCGCGAGCAACGCCAACGUCGGCGGUCCGACCACCGCCGCGGCGAUGGCGGCGAGUUUGAAAUGGUCUUCUUUGGUCGUCCCGGGGAUGCUCGUCGGCGUGCUCGGGUACGCCGUCGCGACGUUCAUAGGUUUGGGUUUUGGCGAGUUCGUCUUGAAAUCUUUUCUGAAACUCACUUAA